GGAAACACAGGCGUGCUCCUCGGGAUGCUCCUGGUUUCCUCGGUGGUGCUGGUUGCCUUAGUGACUGUGAUGUCAGGGAUCGGGGUGUGUGAGCACUGUGGAGUGGGGAGCGGAGGAAUCUACUCCAUGAUCUCCACCGUCCUGGGCGGCAGGGUUGGGGGCACCAUGGGCCUCCUGUAUGUUUUCGGACAGUGUGUGGCUGGAGCCAUGUACAUCACAGGUUUCUCUGAGUCGGUGGCAGAGCUGCUGGGUCUGCAGUCUCAGUGGGCGGUGCGCGGCAUGUCGGCUGCUGUGCUGCUGGCCCUGCUGGGCAUCAACCUGGCCGGCGUCAAGUGGAUUGUCAGAAUUCAGCUGCUGCUGCUGGCCGUCCUGGCCGUCUCCACGCUGGACUUUGUUGUUGGCAGUUUCACGCACCUCGACCCAG